AUGGGGUCGUGUGGCUACUCGCUGCUGCCUGUCCUCUUCCUCCUCUCAGGGGUUCAUGAUGCCUCUUCCUUCUCUCUCCCUAACUGCGAUUUUCGCGAUCUACCGGGUAACUGGGUCUUUCAGGUGUUCGAGGGGCAGGGGCCGAAGGACAACCGCAUUGACUGCUCUGACCUAGGGCCACCAAAAGACAAAAUGGUAGUGAACCUGCAAUAUUUAGAUGUGGCACGAGAUGAAUUUGGCAAUACUGGCUUCUUCACCAUCAUUUAUAAUCAAGGUUUGGAGGUUGUGAUAAAUGGGUACAAAUGGUUUGCCUUUUUCAAGUAUGUGACCGAGCAUGACAAUGUGACACGUUUGUGUCAUGAGACAUUUCCUGGAUGGGUACAUGACGUUCUGGGCAAGAAUUGGGCAUGUUUCAUUGCAAAGAAGAUUGAAGAAUCUCUUCUUCCAUCUCCAUACAUAAGUCUGCUAUUCCCUGAAGAGGAAGAGAAAGGGUAUUUACAGGGACCUAACAGUAAAGAACAUGAAUUUGUGAAAGCCAUCAAUAGUGCUCAAAGUUUCUGGACUGCUACUGUCUAUGAGAAGGGUGAAGAAUUCAAAUUUUAUCAGAUGAUUUACAGAACUGAUAAUCAUGCAUUCCCCAGGCCAAAACCUGCACCAUUGACCCCUGGAAUACAUGAAAAAACUUUAACUUUGCCAAGUUCUUGGGACUGGAGAAAUGUGAAUGGUGUCAACUAUGUUAGUCCUGUUCAAGAUCAAGUUUUUUAUACCAGCUGUGAGAACGCCUACGCAUUUGCUUCCAUGGCCAUGCUCGAGGCAAGAAUCCGUGUCCUAACCAAAAAUUCUGAGUUGCCAGUGCUCAGUACCCAGCAGAUUCUGUCUUGCAGUCUUUAUUCUGACGGCUGCAGAGGAGGCGACCCAUAUCUCACUGCUGGAAAGUAUGCCCAGGACUUUGGGGUGGUGGAAGAGAAUUGCUUGCCCUACCUGGGCCAUCGUUCUCCAUGUUCCCUGAAGAACUGCACUCGCUAUUACGUCUCUGAAUACCACUAUGUUGGGGGCUUCUACGGAGCAUGCAAUGAAGCCCUGAUGAAGCUUGAGCUGGUUCAGCAUGGGCCCAUGGCUGUCUCUUUUGAACUGUAUGAUGACUUCUUUCACUACCAAAAAGGAGUCUAUCACCACUUAGGACAGAGAGGCUCUUCUGAUCCCCAUCUACUGAUCAAUCAUGCGGUUCUUCUUGUAGGCUAUGGCACUGAUGAGAAGAGUGGUGAGGAUUACUGGAUAAUUAAAAAUAGCUGGGGGUCCUCUUGGGGUGAGGAUGGAUUCUUCAGAAUCCGCCGAGGCACUGAUGAAUGUGGUAUUGAGAGCAUGGCUGUGGCUGCCACUCCAAUUCCCAAGUUGUAGGGCAUUUCUACAUUCUCCUCACUCAGACCCCAUAGAUGAAUUCAGGGAUAAGUCUGGAUUUCAAGAGAGAUUUUUUGUAAACUUCUGUGUAGAAUGUAAUAAAUUAUUGAUUCUUAAAACUCAGAAGUGCCUACUAAACCCCAGCCCUACUUUGGGUGUCAGUUUCUAUCCAAAGAUCUUUUACCAAGAGCACUGUUCAAUGCAGUUUACAGGGUAGUAGAGAGCAGUGGCAAAAGGAAUCCCAAUAGUCAUUUGUAAUUCAAAGAAAUGUUUAAAGAAAAAAAAAAUUGUGCCUCAUGUUUAUAAUACUACCAAACUGUUUAAAAAUGGAUUUUUUUGUAUGAAUGAAUCAUGGAGGGACUGAAUAUAUUCAAAAAGAGAAUUUAUUGCUUGACAAAUGUCCAAAUGAAACCUCAGGCAUGUUAGAGCUUAUAUAUUUCAGACAGUUUUUAUACAUGUAACUUUUAAAAUUAAUUACUUAUAAGA